CCUUCUCCUCCCCUACAUAACAAUGGCUGUCAUGGCAGAUCUUACAGACUCACCAGAAAAGGGAGAAGAAAGCCCACAGCAUUAUUGAGAAUGUUGUUGAGAAUCUUACUUGUUGUCUACUUUCUCGCCGCUGUUUCCUACGCCGACGCUUGCUCGCCGUCGGACAGGGCGGCGCUGCUCUCAUUCAAGGCGGCGUUGAAGGAGCCGUACUUAGGAAUCUUCAAGUCAUGGACUGGAAAUUCCUGUUGCGGCGGCUGGUACGGCGUGAGCUGUGAUCCUCAAACUCUCAAGGUCACUGACAUAAGCCUCCGCGGCGAAUCUGAGGAUCCGAUCUUCGAGAAGGCCGGCCGGACUGGCUACAUGACCGGUUCGAUUUCGCCGGAGAUCUGCAAGCUCGAUAGCCUCACGAUCCUCGUCAUUGCCGAUUGGAAAGGAAUCUCCGGCGAGAUUCCGAAGUGCUUGACGAAGCUCGCUCAUCUCCGCGUACUCGACCUCGUCGGAAACAAAAUCAGCGGCCAGAUUCCUUCAGACAUCGGAAACCUAAAUCGCCUCACCGUGCUUAACCUUGCCGAGAAUGCGAUUUCCGGAACGAUACCUGCGUCGAUCGUGAACAUCGCCGGUCUGAUGCAUCUCGACUUCAGAAACAACCAAAUAUCCGGCGAAAUUCCAUCCGAUUUCGGGAAAUUAGGAAUGCUGAGCCGUGCGCUCCUCAGCCGUAACCAACUCACCGGAGAGAUUCCGGCUUCAAUUACGAAAAUGUACCGGCUCGCCGAUUUGGAUUUGUCGAUGAACGGAAUCUCCGGCUAUAUUCCGGCGAAUCUCGGCAACAUGCCGGUUCUCUCGACUCUGAACCUGGACAGCAACAGAAUCUCCGGCCAAAUACCUCCGACUUUGAUCAGCAAUGGCGGCCUAGGGAUUCUUAAUUUGAGCAGGAACACCCUCGAAGGGCACAUUCCGGACGUUUUCUGCCCCGAUUCCUACUUCAUGGCGCUCGACUUGUCGUUCAACGCUCUGAAAGGUCCGAUACCAAAUUCACUGUCGUCUGCCAAAUACGUCGGGCACAUGGAUCUGAGCCAUAACCACUUAUGCGGGUCGAUACCCAUCGGGUCGCCAUUCGAUCACCUCGAAGCGUCGUCGUUUACCAACAACGAUUGCCUCUGCGGGAACCCGUUAAGGACCUGUUGAAGGAAAAUGAUGGGUAAGAUAAAUACGGGCAAGGAUAGUCUCGAUCCGACCCGAUAGAUCCGGGUCGGUUUCGUGUGUUGGGGAUGUUUAUAAACUGUGAUAAUAAAAUACGUUUGUGGAUUUUUAGCGAGUGGGGUGUGAUUUCUCAUUUUAAAUUAUUAUUUGUUUUUUGGUUUAAUGCAAAUCUGAAUCUUAGAAAUAAUUAAUUAUAA